AGCCUGAGUGCUUACGCUGACGUCACAACUGCCAUACUAACAGACUAACAGAGCCGCCUCUCACAUCGCUGCUGCUGCUGCUGGGGAGGCGGAAGUGGUCAACUUGGCUCAAGAGUCCGAAUAAAGAUGUUCCAAAUUAAGAGGAUCUGCUGCAUCGGCGCUGGCUACGUGGGAGGCCCCACAUGCAGCGUGAUCGCCCACAUGUGUCCGGAGAUCACCGUGACCGUGGUGGACGUCAACGAGUCCCGGAUAAACGCCUGGAACUCGGACACGCUUCCCAUAUAUGAGCCUGGCCUGAAGGAGGUGGUUGAAUCAUGCCGGGGGAGGAACCUCUUUUUCUCCACGGACAUUGACUCAGCCAUUCGGGAUGCCGACCUUGUUUUUAUCUCAGUCAACACCCCGACCAAGACCUACGGCAUGGGGAAGGGCCGUGCUGCCGACCUCAAGUACAUCGAGGCGUGCGCUCGCAGGAUCGUGGAGGUGUCUGACGGCUACAAGAUCGUCACCGAGAAGAGCACCGUCCCCGUGCGAGCCGCCGAGAGCAUCCGGCGGAUAUUCGACGCAAACACCAAGCCGAGCCUCAACUUACACGUGCUGUCCAACCCGGAGUUCCUGGCAGAGGGAACAGCCGUGAAGGACCUGAAGGAGCCCGACCGUGUCCUGAUCGGCGGGGACGAGACGGCCGAAGGCCAAAGGGCAAUCCGGGCACUUUGUGCCGUGUACGAGCGCUGGGUACCCAAGGCCAGAAUCAUCACCACCAACACCUGGUCCUCAGAGCUGUCCAAGCUGGCCGCCAACGCGUUCCUGGCGCAGCGAAUCAGCAGCAUCAACAGCAUCAGCGCCCUGUGCGAGGCCACCGGGGCCGACGUGGAGGAGGUGGCCAAGGCCAUCGGCAUGGACCAGAGAAUAGGGAGCAAGUUUCUCAAAGCCAGCGUGGGUUUUGGUGGAAGCUGUUUCCAGAAGGAUGUGCUGAAUCUGGUGUAUCUGUGUGAGGCCCUCAACCUGCCCGAGGUGGCCUCCUACUGGCAGCAGGUGAUCGAUAUAAAUGAGUACCAGAGGCGGCGUUUUGCGUGCAGGAUCAUCGACUGCCUCUUCAACACUGUGACAGGGAAGAAAAUCGCUCUGCUCGGCUUCUCUUUCAAAAAAGACACGGGUGACACCAGGGAGUCGUCCAGUAUUUACAUCUCCAAGUAUCUGAUGGAUGAAGGGGCCAAGCUAUUCAUCUAUGACCCCAAGGUUCUCAAGACACAAAUCAUUCAGGACCUCUCUCAGCCCAGUAUCUCCGAGGACCAUCCAGAAAGAGUUUCAGAGUUGGUGACGGUGACCUCCGAUCCUUACGAGGCGUGCCAGGGCGCACACGCCUUGGUUAUAUGCACGGAAUGGGACAUGUUCAAGGAGCUGGACUAUGAGAGGAUUCACAAGAAGAUGCUGAAGCCGGCCUUUAUAUUUGAUGGCCGCAGAGUGCUGGACCACCUUCAUGCUGACCUCCAGGACAUUGGCUUCCAGAUCGAGACCAUCGGGAAGAAAGUGGUGGCGGCCAGGAUCCCUUACACCCCUGCUGCCAUCUGUGCCAGCGAGCCUCCCACCAAGAAAGCCAAAAUGUAAAAACCGCCUCGACGUGCGACACAUUCCAGCGUUUUGUAAAAGGUUGGCCGUAGAAGAAAGAAAUCCGGACCAGGUGAUUGAUGAGUGAAAUCUGACUUGCUACUUUACUCCAGUAUUUACUACAUUAGCAAUUUUAUAUGAUUUUUAAAAUAUAUCUAUAUUUUUAUAAAUCACAACUCUGUAUGAUUAUGACUGUAAGGGCCAAUGCAAUAAAAAGUCUCAUGAGUCCUGAA